GUGAGAGACGAGAGGCCAUUACGAGAGGUUCAGUUCCCCCCGCAGCGACUGGCCAUGGCUUCUCCAACCAAAUGAAGAACUAGGAGCUUCAACUGUUGCGCGAGAUCUACAGAUAAAAAAGGAAAUGGUUUGAGGGACGUCGCCAGCCGAGUACCGUAUUUCCGAAGACGACUCUACAGAUGGUUUUGAUGUGUAUCCUACACAACACAUUGACGAAGAAGAAGAUUCUGACUCAGAUGGGGAUAGAAGGGGCAAAAAGAAGCCAUCACAAAACCCGAUCAAUUCAAGGAGCAGCAUCAAAAAGAUGAAGGGCUUGGUUCAAGGACUGUCAAAAGAAAACAAGGCACUGGUACGUGAAAUGGGGUUCGGAGGGCUUCUUCGGCUGCCAUUUAUAAAAAGGUCUAACAGGCAACAUGCAAUGUGGCUGAUGAGCAAGGUUGAUGAGAAGGCGUCUGUUGUGGUUAUCGAUGCAAGGAGAGAUUUGCCUUUCGACGACUCAGACGUCGGGAAGGUACUUGGGGUGACAUCAGUAGGGUCUCCCAUAGAAAAGUUUGCAGCACCACAUGUGGGAGAUACUGUUCGGCAAAUUCCAGGAAUCAACAUCGGAGACAACAAAAUAACACCUGUAGUCAAAGUAGUCAAGUUGGACUAUGGCGCUCCAAUGACAAAGGCCCAAGCUAGGAGAUUCAAGGUUGCGUUUGCGAUAUGUGCGGUGACUUUCCUCUUAGCACCACCGCUGAAGCACAACUACUUCAUGACAGAGUACUGGAGUGCCAUCCACAUACCAGACACGAUUCAGAUGUACAACUGGGGGAGGUACAUUAGAGAAGAGCUUCUCUUUUCUGCUGGUAGGGUGAAGUCUGAACUGCUAGGUGGGAAACUGAAGUCAAAUAUCACGGAUGCACAUUCUUCCUGCAGGUAUUCUACCUGGACAACCUUGACAGAGAAGACAAGAACCUCCCACACGACGAAUUCCCUCGUUGCAAGGUGUACGACCAGAAGACAAUAUCAGAUGUUAUCGACGAAGACACAGCUACUGGGAAAGACGCAAAAAUCGUAGUAUAUGGACAUCUCCUGUUUGCAGGGAUCAUCACUAACAAAGUAGAGCAGUAUUCAAACAAAUGUUUCAUGACAGUGCAUGAGGCAUCAAGGAAGGGUGCAAGGUUGAACAAGAGACAUGCAAUAGGAUGGGAGGAGAUUGUGAAUGGCACUAAUGCUUUGAUAACCGCAGAGAGCACUAAGAUCAUAUCAGACAUCACCCAUAUUACUGACGCAAUGAUGGCAAGGAACAAAGAAGCGAAAUAUACAACAGGCCCAGGAGCCGCUGAAGGAGAUGCAGUGACCCCACUGAGCAUCGAGACGGCAGAGGAGCCUUCUGCUAACAUGCUGUUUCAGACUAGGAGGCAAGAUAAUGUGAAAAGAAAGAAGAUUGUGGCAACAAAAAGGCACACGCCAAAAAGGGCUAGGGUGGAGAGCUCGGAAGAAUCUGAAGGUGCUAAGGAAGCCGCAAAUAAAGCAAUAGAUGAACUAAUUGAAGCAGCUGAUGAAUACAGUGAGUCGCACUGUGGGCUUUUUGGAGCAGAGAAAUUGCCGUUGGAUGAAGAAACAUUAGCAAACUUAGCCGUGUCAGCUACGUGCGGGGCUACCGGAGUCGGGAUAUUACGUUCUAUAGAGCAAGAAACUAUUCAUGAUGCAGUGGAGGAGAUCAGAGAGGAAGAUAUGGAAGAGAAUAACUGGUCAAUAGUUCCUUCAAGGAACAAAGAUGACCCAGGAGUUGUAAGAGGAUCAGUUCAUCCACCAACUUUGCAUGGGAAGUUCAAAGUUGCACUCUCGGGAUUUAGGAAGAUAGAUCUCAUGCACGCUUUCACGGAGGCUUCGUCUUCAGAAGAACUGUCUGUUGCGUCUGCAAACACCACACAACUUUCUACCAGAACGAUAGGAGGUGGUGUUGAAGGGAUGCAGCUUAUGCGGACUCGAGGUACAAUAAACAAUGCAUCAGGAAAAAACAAAACGACAUCACCGGUGAGCCUGCAUCGCCAGAUGUGCGCAGUAGAGCUUGAUAUAAGGGAGGAAAUUGAGGAGGGGCCAAUAAACUUGAACGUCACAAUGUCGCAAGGACCUUACAGCACACAGCCUCACCCUAAAAGGGUCGUGAAGCCGGGAAAAUACGCAAGGUCUCCCUUUGUAAUGGGUUAUGAUCCACCUAGCAGGGCUCCAACAGAUGUAGUGAAGAUAUACAAGUUGUUCUAUAGGGAGAAUCCAAUAAAGCUGCCAGAGUAA